GAGUAAGAACACAGCUGGGCUCGUCCGGCUAGGCGUACACACGCAAGAUGCGACUGGCAAUGCUUUUUCCCCUCUCUGUGCUUAACGCGAGCAAAACUACAAAGCCGCUUGAAAUCCCCAGGGGCUAAUGCUAGCUAAGCUAGUUGCGUCAACAGUCUACAUUGAACUCCCCAACCAAGGCAAUUGUUGACCAGAGAUGAACUUCACGUAACGUUCAAGUUCCUCUGGUGUUUCCAAACACGCCGCGGAACCUUCACACCGAAGCCGAACUCGUUUUGCGUUUCAAGGCAAAUGCUUGAGAAUGAUGGCUCAAGGUGUAAUGGACGGUCCGGUUACACUUGUCAUCAGGGCGCCCAACCAAAAAUAUGAUGACCAGACUAUUAACUGCUGCCAGAACUGGACUGUGGAGAAACUUAAAGCCCAUUUGUCUGACGUGUACCCAAGCAAACCAAGCUCCAAAGACCAGAGACUGGUGUAUUCUGGCAAGCUGCUUUUGGAUCACUUUACUUUGAAAGAUGUGCUCAGAAAGCAGGAUGAGUACCACAUGCUCCAUUUGGUUUGCCCCUCACCAACUCCUCCCAGCUCCCCAAGCUCCACCCGCAAGCCUCGGGAGAGCACGGCAGAACCCACAGUCACUCAAACGGCGAGUCCUCCCUUCCCUGCUCAACACAGCCAAUCAGACGAGAACAGUGAUGGACUCAGACAACGUGGUGUAAUUUACGACCAGUUGCAUCAACAAUUUAUGCAUAGCUGGAGUCAUUUCUCUGCAAUGUCGACCCCUCCCACAAAUUUGACCCCCUAUUACAACCCUAUGACGCUCGUGUGGUGGCAACAACUAUAUGCUCGACAAUACUACAUGCACUAUAAUUUACUAGCAGCGUCCUCCCAAAACCUCAGGCACGAACUGCCUAGGACUCACCCGCUCCCCCAGGCAGACCCCCUGAGCCAGCGUCCACGGGUGGAUCGCCGUGGCAACCCUGAAGUGGAAAUGAACGCCCAAGGAGGGGAGAUCCUGAACGAGGAGGAGCUCAACCGGGAUUGGCUGGACUGGGUGUACACGUUUUCCCGGGCCGCUGUCUUACUUAGUAUCGUGUACUUUUACUCUUCCUUCAGUCGGUUUCUCAUGGUGAUGACGGCCAUGCUGGUGCUUUACCUUCACCAGGCCGGCUGGUUCCCCUUCAACCUAGAAAACGAACUGCAGCUUCCUGGAGAAAAUCAGGAGGAGAUAGAGGCAGAGCUACAGAACAAUGACCUCCAUGGAAUGGAACACGUGGCGGAGGACAGCUCCGAUGAUGACGAAGGUGAAACCGGAGAGGAAGGAGCAGAGGAUCCUAACCGCGUCAUCCCCCAAACCGGCAUCCUGUCCUCCAUGUGGUCGUUCAUCAUCACCUUUUUCAUGUCGCUCAUUCCCGAGGGACCGCAGAACGCUGCCAACUGAGCUGAACUUCUUGAGCUGUCUCGCCACAAAUGACUUCAAUACAAAGUGGCAAUGCGCUCUGCUUGUUCUCGUUCGGCAUCGUUAACUGAAGAAUGGACAUUGAAUCGCUGUAGUCAAGGUGGUGCCAUGUUAGCUUAGUCUGACAACACGUCGUCUCUCUAAUAAUGUAUGAAAAAGCAUCAGCAGGCACAAUGAUAAACACUAAUAUAACUAGACAAGUUUAACAGAUGCGAUCCUUCCAUUGUGGGACGAGCUGAGUUUUUAAAAAUAGAGUGAUGGAAGUGUGAUGUUCUGUCAGGCCGUGUGCAAUAAUGGAUGGAAUAUAAAAGGGCUGUUGUAAAACUGCCUGUUGCCACAGUGCAGGCGUCACAGAUAAUAUGGCUGCUGCUGCUGUUACACAUUUAAAAUGUAAUAAUAGCUAAGGUGUUGAUUGGUUUUUGGA